ACAAGUUAAGAACAUUUUAUAAAAAAUAAACAAAAAAACGAGAGAAAAAUAAACUUUACAAAAAAAAAAAACAACAUUUUCAUAUUGUUGAAUAAAAAACAGAAAAAAGGUCAAAUUCGUUGUCGCUUUUUAUUUAAAUUCUAGACAAAGUGCUUGUGAUAAAUUUGUGUCAUUUACAGAUUGAAAAUAUUGAAUACAACUACUCCAACGUAUCUUAAAAGUUACUACAAAAUGUUGUUUAAGAAAAAAUAAAUAAAAGAAAAUAAAAUUUGAAAAACAAAACUGGAAUAAAACCUACUUAAUAUAAAGUUUUUUAGUUUUGCAAAAGUCGAAUAAUUUAAAGAUGCAGUCGAAUCUACAACCAACGAAAUAUGUCGGCCUUGUGGCCGACUUAAUGCCCAACAUCAAGCUGAUGAAAUAUUCUGGUUUAUUUAUGCAUGCGUUCACGGGUGGAUCACCGCUGCUGAAAAAAGUCUAUUCAUCCAUACAUUUGGUGUUAAUAUUGGCACAAUUCAUGUUUAUACUUGUCAACAUGGCACUGAAUGCUGACGAAGUAAAUGAGUUGUCCGGUAAUACAAUUACCGCACUAUUCUUUACGCACUGCGUUACGAAAUUUAUUUAUCUGGCUGUGAAUCAGAAGAAUUUUUACAGAACUUUGAACAUUUGGAAUCAGGUUAAUACUCAUCCAUUGUUUGCUGAAUCAGAUGCUCGCUAUCAUUCAAUCGCUUUGGCUAAAAUGAGAAAAUUAUUCUUCUUGGUAAUGCUGACGACAGUAGCAUCAGCAGUGGCUUGGAUAACCAUCACUUUCUUUGGUGAAAGUGUAAAGUUUGCCUUCGACAAGGAGACCAACUCCUCUAUAACAGUGGAAAUACCCAGAUUGCCUAUUAAAUCAUUCUAUCCCUGGGAUGCUAGCCAGGGUAUAUUCUAUACGAUAUCAUUCGCCUUUCAAGGCUACUACUUGCUAUUCUCCAUGGUACACUCGAACUUGUGCGAUGUGCUGUUCUGUUCUUGGUUAAUAUUCGCCUGCGAACAACUGCAACAUCUGAAGGGCAUUAUGAAACCUUUAAUGGAAUUAUCUGCCUCCUUAGAUACAUAUCGUCCCAAUUCAGCCGCACUCUUUCGUUCGCUGUCUGCCAACUCCAAGUCAGAGUUAAUCAUUAAUGAAGAAAAGGAACCUCCCAGUGACCUGGAUAUGACCGGCAUCUAUAGUACCAAGGCCGAUUGGGGUGCACAAUUCCGUGCGCCCACAACACUACAAACGUUCAAUGGUGUCAACGGAGGCAAUCCGAAUGGUUUGACAAAGAAACAGGAAAUGAUGGUACGCAGCGCUAUCAAAUAUUGGGUGGAGAGGCAUAAACAUGUUGUCAGAUUAGUUGCUGCCAUUGGUGACACGUAUGGCGCCGCAUUACUUUUACACAUGUUGACAUCAACCAUUAAGUUGACAUUGUUGGCAUAUCAGGCCACCAAAAUAACGGGUGUCAAUGUUUACGCUUUUACCGUUAUUGGUUAUUUGGGUUAUGCAUUGGCCCAAGUAUUUCUUUGUAUUUUUGGCAACCGUUUAAUUGAAGAGAGUUCAUCCGUUAUGGAGGCUGCAUACUCUUGUCACUGGUACGAUGGUUCUGAGGAGGCAAAAACUUUUGUACAAAUCGUUUGUCAACAAUGCCAGAAAGCAAUGUCCAUUUCGGGUGCAAAAUUCUUUACUGUCUCAUUGGAUUUAUUUGCUUCGGUUCUUGGUGCAGUUGUCACAUACUUCAUGGUGUUGGUGCAGCUCAAGUAAAAUUAUCAAAAUAUACAUAAUUCAAAAAGGCAGCAACAACAACUGUUGUUGUAUAUUUUGCAUUGGCAACAUUUUAAGAUAAGAAACAGCAACACCAGCUACAACAACAAUAACACUCUGCUAACAAUGAAAUAUAAAACAAGAACAUUAGCAACAACAACAAUAAUAUAUUUUAAACUUAUUUUAUAAGACAACAAAUAAUUCACCUACAUUUAGGAACUUUCACACACAUACAUACGUAGAUACAUAACACUAUAAUACAUACACUUUUGUUUAUGUAAGAGUAGUGGUGUAUCUAUGAGCUUUCUAAUACCACCACUUAUAAACUUAAUACUACCAUUUCAUACAGGGCAAACCACAUUUUAUCCAACUAAGAGCUGGAUGCCUGACUGGUUGGUUGGAAAGUUGGUUGGUUGGUUGGUUAGUUGCACUUAAAGGCAACAAUUGAUGAAGUAAAUCAGGGAAUUUGAUAAAUUGCUCCCACUUACAAUUUCAUGUACUAGAAUGGCUAAACAACUACAUCAACAGACGUUUAUUUUUGUGAAAACAUUUAUUGUCUAAGGACGUGGGUUGACUGCUGUUAUCAUCCACCGGUAUCAUUUAGUUGUCAGUUUCUCUGUUAUUUUUUGUUUUUCAAAAAUGGAACAUUUUCAUUUGUUGUUGUUAUUGUUAGAAAAAUUUCUUUAGUUUUUAAGUUAUGUUAAAGAUUUUACAUUGAAAAUGUAAACAUUUUGUUUGAAGUUUUUUAAAAUAACUACGAAACUUUUCAACAAAAUCUAAUAUUUAAUUUUAUUUUAAGGUAAAUUCGCACUCUAUAGAAUUUACGAAAUUUACAAAAAUUACAAACAUUAUUUACAACUUAAUAAAGUUCUCAUUAUUUAUGUUUAAGUAUUUAAUACAAAACUUUGUUUAAAAAAAUUAUCAAAAAAUUUUUUUUUUUUUUAAAUAAAUAAAUA